AUGGCCCUAGAGGGGCUGGUCCUGGCUCACAACCACUUGUCAGAUCAGCCCUUGAUGCCCUGCAGUAUGCCUACACUCGGAGUUGACGAUGCUGUUAUCUACCUGCUGAGCAAAGCCUACUACUCCCAGUUCGAUAUGCAGGGCAGCACAGAUGUUUUAGAAGCUGAACGACACUUCAAGAAAAUCCUUGAGGAGUUUAGGGAUGAAGAUUGCAGUAACUUUAGCUGCCUGUCGUAUUAUGGUUUAAGUCGGGUCCACCUCAGAUGGAACAGAUAUAAAGAAGCACGGUCAUUCAUAGAGAAGUCUCUGAAGUUGGUGGAGAGUAAUUUAGUCCCAGGGCUUCAGACCUGGCCGGGCACAGAUACAGCAAUUGAAGAAACCAGGGAUGGUGUGCUGAAGGACCUGUUGAACGCGCUUCUUAAAGAGUGUUUGUGUCCACCAAAGCCUGAUGCUGUCUGCCAUUAUCGAUUCUGUUCCACCCAUAACAGCAAACAGGAUAUUUAUAGGUCUGAUCCUGACUUUAAGGGGUUUGUCCGAGUUCAUUGCAGCUAUGACUGCCGUAUUGAAUACCAUCUAUACUGCUGGAAACGCUGCAAAAUUAAAGAGUUCCAAGAUAAAAUAGAAAAAGAUAUUCUGGGUUUAGACUGCCUCACACCUGACUGCAUGGGAUGCAUCUGGAAGGUUGACAUUUUUCAAGAUUCGAGGCAAAAGACGGCACAAUCUACUGAACUACACCAAAAUAUUAAAGAAGUCUUUAAGGUACUCCAGGACUCUUUGGCUGUGCUCGAUCACGAAGUUAAACAGCAACAAUCUAAAAUCACAAAAUUACAGGACAGCGCUCAGAAGAAAGAUCUCUGCUCAUUUGGAACAAACUCUGUCUUUGACAGUUAA